CACUUGCCCAGGCAUCGUCCAUCAACUCGCCACAGCCAUCAUUAAAUCAAGCACACAGUACACACACCACCACCAACAACAACAACAACGUAACGAGAGCGCAAGAGUUUUCUGGAGAGGAAUUGAAGAACACCACCGAGUCACCUGAUCCGUCUAGCGGCGACGAUGGGCCCCAACAUGUCGGCGUACAGCAGCAAGCAGCGGGCGGCGCCGAAGCGGGCGUACGUGACGUUCCUGGCCGGCGACGGCGACUACUGGAAGGGCGUGGUGGGGCUGGCCAAGGGCCUGCGCCGGGUGCGCUCGGCCUACCCGCUGGUGGUGGCCGUGCUCCCCGACGUGCCGGAGGAGCACCGCCGCAAGCUGCGCGAGCAGGGCUGCGUCGUCCGGGAGAUCCAGCCGGUGUACCCGCCGGAGAGCCAGACGCAGUUCGCCAUGGCCUACUACGUCAUCAACUACUCAAAGCUCAGAAUCUGGGAGUUCGUGGAGUACGAGCGCAUGGUGUACCUUGACGCGGACAUCCAGGUGUACGAGAACAUCGACCACCUGUUGGACCUGGAGAAGGGCCGCUUCUACGCGGUGAUGGACUGCUUCUGCGAGAAGACGUGGAGCCACACCCCGCAGUACAAGAUCGGGUACUGCCAGCAGUGCCCGGAGCGCGUGUCCUGGCCGGAGCAGGAGCAGGAGCUGGGCCCUCCGCCGCCGCCCUACUUCAACGCCGGCAUGUUCGUGCACGAGCCGAGCCUGGGCACGGCCAAGGACCUCCUGGACGCGCUGGUGGUGACGCCGCCGACGCCGUUCGCGGAGCAGGACUUCCUCAACAUGUUCUUCCGGGACGUGUACAGCCCCAUCCCGCCGGUGUACAACCUGGUGCUGGCCAUGCUGUGGAGGCACCCGGACAAGGUGGAGCUCGGAAAGGUGAAGGUGGUGCACUACUGCGCCGCGGGGUCCAAGCCGUGGAGGUACACGGGGCAGGAGCCCAACAUGGAGCGCGAGGACAUCAAGAUGCUGGUGAAAAAGUGGUGGGACGUCUUCAACGACGAGAGCCUGGACUACAAGGGCCCGGCGGUGGACGGCGAGGCGAGGCAGCCGCUGCGGCAGGCUCUGGCGGAGGCCGGCGCCGCCAAGUACUUCCCGGCGCCCUCGGCAGCCUAGACAGGCGGAUCGCUCGAUCGCCAAUCGUACUAGUCUACUGCGGCAGGUUUUUGGUGUUGUAGAUCAUGAGCAUGCAGUAGCGGACUGUUCAGUUGAGUACCGCCUUUGAAUUGUUCAGGUUAUCUAUAUAUUUCUUUUCUUUUGAGUGUGGUAAAAAAAGAGAGAGAGGAAAGAAGAGUAGUUGAGUUUGUACGUAGUGCAUGCAUUUUGAAAUCUUUUUUUCAUGGUUA